GCGGAGCGGGCGGCGAUGGAGGCGGAGACGUGGACCAACAGUAUCAACCAAGCCAAUAAGAUGGCCCUGCUUGCCUGGGCAAAGGAAACCGGCACCGACUUGGUGCAGAUCAACGGGCAGAGGCGAUACGGUGGCCCCCCCCCAGGCUGGGUGGGCAGCCCCCCGCUCGCCGGCACAGAGGUGUUCAUCGGGAAGCUGCCGCAGGACAUGUACGAGAACGCGCUCAUCCCACUCUUCCAGAGCGUGGGAAAGCUCUACGAGUUUCGCCUCAUGAUGACUUUCAGUGGGCUCAACCGGGGCUUCGCCUAUGCCAAGUACAGCAACCGGCGUGGAGCCAAGGAGGCCAUCGCUGCCUUCAACAACUUCGAGGUGCGGGAGGGCUGUGCCAUCGUGGUGUGCAAGAGCACGGAGAAGUGUGAGCUGAGCCUGGAUGGCCUGGCCACCUCGAUGAGCCAGAAGGAGCUGGAAGCCAUGCUGCGGCGGGUCACAGAGGGGGUCCACAGCGUCACCCUCUAUGCCAGCCCCUGCCAGAAACGGGCCCAGCUUGCUGUGCUGAAAUACAGCUCGCACCAGGCUGCUGCCAUGGCCAAGAAAACCCUCAUGGAAGGGAACUUGAGGCUUGGUGGAAUGGAGAAGAGAGUGGCCUGGCUGAACCCCAAUCUGAAGCAGAAACUGCAGUUGUGCAAGGAGAAGCCAUCAUGCAGCCAGGUGCAAGGGGGCAAGUGCUUGAGGGUGCCCAAGCAGGUGCCCCUGUCUCCAGUGCUGUGCAACGUGCUGGACCACCUGAACACCCUGUGCCAGAGGCAGCGCCUGGGGACACCCCUGUUUCUCACCAAGUGCAUCCAGGCAAACCCCAACGGGUGGCUGCGGUUCUGGUGCCGGGUGGUGAUCCCAGGGUGCCCCGUGCCCUUCAGUGGGUUCACGUGGGUCCAGCAGGAUGGGCCAGGCAGGAGCGGGCAUGAGGAGGCGAAGGUUGCAGUGGCACUGCAGGUUCUCCGGAUGCUAGGGUGCCAGCUGACAUAGGCGGCCGUUCGGCCUGAACCAGGAGUUGAACCUGAGCUGCCAGCCUCGGUGCCCCUGGCCGCGGGGGCGGUGUGCGAGCCCCGCUGGGGACCUCGUCCCGUUCCAGCUCUGCUUUGAGUUUGAGUUUGUUCGGGUUUGUUUUGAGAGCCAGCUCUGGAGUAUAGGGCUGCUGGCCUGGUCUGUGACAGCUGCCCUGUCCUAGCCGGGCCCUUGGGGACAGUUUUGUUUGGUGGUGGGGUGUAAGUUUACUUGCCCAGUUUGACUUCUUUUAAGUUGGUUUGUGUUGCCCUGCUGCAGUGGAGGGGCCCGGUGCAGGUCUUGGGAGAAGCAGCAGCUGUGUGGAGAGACUGCCGGCAUCGGCUGGGGAGGUGGGGGUGACACUGGGAGCUGCCUGGGUCACUGGGGGACGGGCUGUCCUCCACUAGCAUGCCUGGUUCCUGAGGAACAGCCUCAGGUGAGGACAAGGCCACACACAGGGACUGUUCCGGUGAAUGGGGAACGUUCCGUGAGCUGAUGGAGCUGCUUUUUAAGGAGGGGAGCGUCUGUGGGCUCCGGGAGGUGCAGGGUUGGUUGCGCUGCGAGGAAGCAGCCAUAGGGUUACUGGCUGUCUAUGAAUGAUUCCUCGGGACCAGGAGGUCCAGCCACGUUCUGUUCACUUGGUAUUAAAAUAGCCUGGAAAGCA